UUAGUCAGAGGUAAAGAAGAGAGACCAGAGAGAAGUCCUCUCUGACGGUAGUGCCUCAUAGUGACGUAAGAGCAAGAUGGCGGCAAUUUAUGCUUGGUGCACGAGACACUUCUAAAUAAACGUCUCUCUUGAUUCAGUUUAGUAAAAUGACUAAAUUAAUGGAAUGGCUGUUUUGUUUUGUAUUAUUUAUGGGUCCAUGGACGGCAGCAAUUAGUGGAGCAAUAGAUUCUCCAUUCAUAAAUGAACAUCGUCAACUUAUUUUAUUUUUGCCAUUUUUCUUUUUAGUUGUUUUUGGAAUUUAUGCCGUUACUGUAGUUUUGUAUAGAACAUUUACAUUUAAUGAUUGUGAGGAAGCUGCUGGAAAACUUCGUACGGAAAUAGCACAGGCUCAAGCAGAAUUAAGAAUCAAGGGAGUAUUACCGCGAGAUCCAAAAGGCCCUGAAUUAAUGUAAAUAAAUAUUUAUACAAUAUGAAAUUCAAAUUUUAUACUCAAUACCAAUGAGUUUCUAUAUUAAAAUUGUUAUUCAUCAUGAAUUAUUACAUAAAGGCUCACUAUCAUAAUUAA